AUGUUUCAGAAAUACUUGCUCGAUAUUUGGAGCCUUGCCAUUAAGAUUUACAGGCCAUUGAGGCCGACCCUCAACACGGAAUCCGUAAUCUUGAGAAGAAAGCCCGUAUCUGGGUUGAAGACGGUGUUGCCGAAAGUCGCUGUGGCGAAACUUAGUAGUCGAGUCUGGAAAACCUUUCGGAAGCCUCUCAUGCAGGACGAUCAGUAA